AUGACGGAUCAGUUUGCCUUUUCAUACCCCUCCCCGCUCGAGGGAUACGAGAACCUGGAGCCGCUCUCGGAUGAGCGAAACGAGGACGGCAAGUCCCUCAAGAACCCCCAGCAUGGCGUCCUGAGCAAAGCAUACGAGGAAUUCCCGGCUCCCCUCACGAAAGGCCGACGCGGAGGCUUUGACAUACAUAUCUACCACUUUCAAAAUGACCCCGAUCAAGUCACUUUCGCCAAGGCACUCUGGGAAAGGAUCCGACGUGAAUUCCCCGAACUCCGAAUCUACACGUUCUUCGAUCGUCCCAUAGGACCGCACCCCGUGGCCAUGUUCGAGGUCAAUCUAUUCACCCCGGCGCAGUUUGGCGCAUUCGUGCCAUGGCUGGUCAUCAAUCGAGGGCCGUUGAGCGCUCUGAUCCACCCUAAUACGGUGAAGACGGAGGAACUGCGCAAUCACACACAGCGUGCUACGUGGUUAGGCGAGAGGAUUCCGUUGGAUCUGCGGACUCUCAAGUUGAUCACGGAGCAGGCGAAGAAGGAGGAAUUGGGGAACUGAGGAAGGGGUGAUGGUGGUGGUGAGGGUCGCGACUCUGAAGAUCACGAUCAUUCUCUCGACCGUGACUCGACUUUGUGUGCAUAGCAUAGCAUAGCCUGGAUGAUUUGUUUUGUGACUGUUCAUAAAUCCAAAUGUUUGACAUUCUCAGUGCCGC